AUGUACUCCCCUAAAGUCGGCGAUAGCAUCGAGGACCUCGACACGCCGUCCAUGAUUGUCGACCUCGAUCUUGCCGAGGCUAACAUCCAAAAGCUCAUGGACAAGCUCUUGCCAACCGGACUCAAUAUCCGCCCUCAUCUCAAGACGACAAAGAGUGCAAUCCUGGCCAAGAAGCUGGUCCAGCAAGGCGCAACCGGCGGAUGCGUGGCGAAAGUGAGCGAGGCGGAAGCAAUCGCCGCCGCGGGCUUUGACGACUUGCUGAUUACCUGCGAAAUCAUCGGGCCGAGGAAAGUCGAACGACUGGUGGAAUUAUAUCGCAGGCACCGCAAAAUCCGGAUAGUGAUUGACAGCGAAGUCGGCGGGACGUCGAUCAACGACGCCCUGGCGCGCUCGGGGAUCGAGGAACCCAUCUCGGUGCUGAUCGACCUGGAUGUCGGGCUGCAUCGGACUGGCGUGCAGCCUGGCGAGCCGGCCCUGGCGCUUGCGCGACAUAUUGGCCAACUGGACCAUUUGAGACUGAUCGGGGUCCAGGGCUACGAGGGCCACUUGCAGCAUCUGCAUGAUCGCGAAGAACGGCGGGCCCUGUGUCUUCACGCGAUGGAGAUCCUCACCGGUACCGCGGACGCCUUGCGCCAGGCAGGGUUCCGAAUCGAAGUGGUCACCACGGGCGGGACGGGCACGGCGGAGUUUUGCGCCGCGGUGCCUGGCGUCACGGAGCUGCAGCCGGGGUCUUUCAUCUUCAUGGACACGGAUUACCGAAAUGCUGUAGGCUCGUUCUACUCCAACAGCUUGACGAUCCUGUCCACGGUCGUGAGCAAACAGGGCCCGCGUGCGGUCACGAUUGAUAGUGGACUGAAGUCGUUGACGACGGAUAGUGGCUUAGCGGAGUGCAGGGACCCGAGAUAUGUUUAUGGCGUUCUUGGUGAUGAACAUGGCUCGCUCACCUGGGCGCAGGGCACACCCUCCCUGUCCGUUGGUGACCGUGUCGAGAUGAUUCCGAGUCACAUCGAUCCGACCGUCAACCUGCACGACUUUUAUUUUGCUCACAGAGGAGGCAUCGUUGAGGAAAUCUGGCCAGUCGAUUCACGGGGGAAGGUCCAAUAG